AUGACAAUUAACCAAGCAAUUCAACAACUUUUCGACAUUGAGGAAAAUCGUGGGGAGCAAGUUGUUAACCCAGAAACUUUGGCAAUCGGUAUAGCACGUCUUGGUUCUGCGACUGACCAACAAAUAAGAGCUGGUACUUUAAUUCAAUUAUCAACUCAGAAUUUUGGUCCACCUCUACAUUCACUCAUAAUCGUUGGUUCGAAGCUUCAUUCCUUAGAGGUUGAUUAUAUAAGAGGUUUUUCCGUAGAUGAACGAAGCUUUGAUGAAUUAACAAAGAAUAUUUUUAAUUGUGAAAAUUAA